UGCCCUAUUUGGUGAAAGACCAUCUUCUGUAUACCAUCCCUACCUUGUCACAACACAACUGAUUGGCUGAAACGCAUUAAGAAGGAAAGAAAUUCCACAAAUUAACUUUUAACAAGGCACACCUGUUAAUUGAAAUGCAUUCCAGGUGACUACCUCAUGAAGCUGGUUGAGAGAAUACCAAGAGUGCAAGGCUGUCAUCAAGGCAAAGGGUGGCUAAUUUGAAGAAUCUCAAAUAUAAAAUAUAUUUUGAUUUGUUUAACACUUUUGGUUACUACAUGAUUCCAUAUGUGUUAUUUCAUAAUUUUGAUGUUUUCAAUAUUCUACAAUGGAGACAAUAGUAAAAGAGAGAACCCUUGAGUAGGCGUGUCUAAGCUUUUGACUGUAUAUAAUUAGAAAAUUAUACUACUUCUUUUGAAAAUGCAAAUAAUUUUGUUCACUUAUAAGGAAUAGGAAGUACAUCACAUGCCAUUGUCCAACUUGAAUUGCAACACUUCAGUUUGUCAGAACUCACUAUGGGUGUGAUCAUCUCCUUUUCUGUGAUCGCUUUUCAAGAUCGUAAGGUGAUCAGUAGUGUGUGAGUUCUCACAUGGCUUGUCCUGAGAACAUGCUUUUUCUCAUUGUCCUCUUUAUAUCAGGUGUUCUGGCCUGUUUUGGUGAACGACAUUUGAUCACCACAAUGCCAGAUAAACUGGAUGUACUGACUGGCUCCUGUGUGCAAAUCCCAUGUUCAUUUGAUAUUCCUGACCAAAACAAGUAUACAUUUAACAGCACAAUACUAACCUCUGGAGUGUGGAUUAAAGGAAACUCAAACUUUGGUGAGCAUCCGGACAAUGUGAUAUUUAACAGCAGUGAGACGUUCAUCAGAUAUCAAGGGAAGAUAACUGGAAACAUGUCCCAGAAGAACUGCACCACAGUCUUCUUCAAUGUAACCACCAAUUACACUAAUAAAUACUUCUUCAGGAUUGAGAGUCAACCAUACCGUGCAACAGAUCCUGAAAAGUCUGUUAAUAUAGUUGUCAGUGAUUUGCCUUCCAGUCCCAUCCUUACUGUCUCAGGUGAGGUGAAGGAAGGGACCCCUGUCAGUUUGAACUGCUCAGCUGUUGCUCCCUGUCCCGAACACCCCCCUGAGCUGACAUGGACUCUCCCAACACAGUUCACAACUGAGAACCAACUGCAGGAGAAUCCAGACCAAACCAAAUCAGUUCUCUCCACGGUGACCUUCACUCCGUCAUACCUUCAUCAUGAGAAGAACAUCACUUGUACUGCAGUCUACCCAGUAGGGACAAGCAACAAGACAGCUGAACAUAACAUGAUGCUUAACGUUUCAUUCUCUCCUAAGGACACCUUGGCCUCCAUCAGUCCAGCUGAUCCAGUAUUAGUGGGCAGCUGUGUGAAUCUGACCUGCAGCAGUACAGCCAACCCUCCUGUGACAAACUUCACCUGGUUCAAGAUCAGUGGGGGUAAAACAACAGAGGUAACAUAUGGACAGAGUUACACCCUCAAUGUGACAUCUGAUAAUGGAGGACUGUACUACUGUGAAGGAAGAAACAGUCACGGCUGUGGGAAGUCGAAUGAAGUGCAGCUGGCUAUAAAAGGGCAAAAAGAGCCAAAAAACCCAAUGGUGUUUGGGGUUGCAGCAGGAACUCUGGGGGCAAUUUUGCUUAUCAGCCUGAUCAGUCUUUUUGUAUGGAGGAGAAACUCGAGGCUCCACGAUGGACUUGAAAGGACAGACAGUCCACAGGGACAGAACUCCCCGGUUGGGACAGUGUGUACUAACCAGGCCACAGCCGGAGAGGAACCAGAGGAACCUGCAGAAGACCAGCCUGAAGAGAUCCACUACGGUGACAUAGACUUCUCCAAACUACAGACCAAAGAGACCCCAGCUGCAGCCCAGGACAGGGUCCAGGGACAGGAGAGUGAGUACGCUGAAGUCAAUGUGACCGGGAGAGGGGCUCAGGAACCACCUCUUAACAACCUAGAUGGGCUUUAUGCACAAGUGAAUGAAAUAAGUGCUUGUUAAUUAUUUUUCCAAUAGUUAUUAAGUGUUUUUAUGUACACUAUUGUCAUUGUGUAUCUGUUUUCUAUUGGUACUUUUGUUACAUUUAUAAUUGUGUGCUCUUUGAUUAUCUGCAUAUUUGUAGAAUUUGCUGGGAUGAAAAGUGUUUAACUGUUACUAUAGUGUUGAUACGAUGAUGCAGGCUACUCUUUAUUUUGGACCAUUUAUUUUGAGUGUUGAGUUCACAGAGCAUCUGUUUAAUGGGUUCCAGUAUAGAGGAACUGCUGAGUUCAACUAGCUCACUGAAGGCAGUUUAAGACCAUAUAAAGUCAAUGAUGACUGAGGAGAGAAGACACAGUUAGUUGGAGAGACAGUGGUCUGAUACAAGACAGGAAGUUGGUGCAGGAAGUCUACAUGAUGGCAGAAUGGUGUUAACGUCUACCAGUCACUGUUUAUCUUCAUCUUUUGUGCAGUUACCACAAUAACAAUAUCUAUUUUCAGUUUAUAUAUAUUUUGAAGAUGUAGUGUCAGUUUUAUGUUGAAUGUUAAGUCAAAGAAACAAUUGAGGCUGAAUUUAAGGUUGUUGUCAUGACUUCCUUCCGAAGUCGGCUCCUCUCCUGGUUCGGGCGGCGUUUGGCGAUCCACGUCACGGUCUUUCUAGCCAUCGCCGCUCCAUUUCUCAUAUUUCCAUUUGUUUUGUCUGCACACCUGGUUUUCAUUCCCAAUCACACUACAUGUAUUUAUUCCUCUGUUCCCCCUCAUGUCUUUCUGUGAGCUUGUUUCGUGUUACCUGUCAUGUUUGACUUGCAUUUUCUGGUGUGCGUUAAUUCCGGGUUUUAUUUCACGAGGUUUAUUUGCUUGUACAUAUUAUUGUGACUGUUUGCGUUUCCGACGCAGUGGCGUCCGUCUGUUGGUUUCUCCUGCCUAAAUAAAGUGUGCGCCUGUUCAUCUCUGCUCUCCUGCACCUGACUCCGCUCCCAGU